UCUCUCCAUCAAACCUAAUAUAAUUCCAUGGCUUCCAAUAUUGCCAACACAGCAUCCCUCUCUAUCUUCAUUAACUCUUCAAAUUUAAAGUCUAAAAAAGAUUGGAGCCAUUUGUAUCUAGGCUUUAAAAACUCAAAACAAUUUGCAUCUCUCCGUUCCAAAAAACCAACAAUAUUUGCCAGUUCUGCUCAGUUUAUAGUUGAUCGGUCUCCCGUAAAAGCGAGAUCUGGAGCACCACUCGUCGUUGAAGUUGACUUGGGUGCUCGGAGUUACCCCGUUUACAUUGGAUCCGGACUACUUGAUCAACCCGAGUUGCUUCAAAGACAUGUGCAUGGAAAUAGAGUGCUGGUGGUGACCAAUGACACAGUAGAACCAUUGUUUCUUGCUAAAGUGAUACAUGCAUUAACCAGAGACAACUCAGAUAUUUCCGUUGAGAGUAUGGUUUUGCCUGACGGGGAGAAAUAUAAGAGCACAGAGCAUCUGAUGAAAAUAUUCGACAAAGCAAUAGAAUCAAAACUGGACAGAACCUGUACAUUUGUUGCCCUUGGAGGUGGUGUUAUUGGUGAUAUGUGUGGAUUUGCAGCUGCUUCGUUUCUUCGCGGCGUCGGUUUCAUUCAGAUUCCGACGACUCUGAUGUCACAGGUGGAUUCUUCUGUCGGAGGGAAAACUGGGAUAAAUCACAGGCUUGGAAAGAAUCUGAUCGGAGCAAUUUAUCAGCCUCAGUCUGUACUCAUAGACACAGACACUUUAAGAACACUGCCUGAUAGGGAAUUGGCGUCAGGUUUUGCAGAGAUUAUAAAAUUGGGCUUGAUUAGAGAUGCUGAAUUUUUCGAGUGGCUGGAGAAGAAUAUGCAAUUACUCGUCGCCAGGGAUCCAAGGGCGAUGGUAUACGCCAUAAAGCGAUCUUGUGAAAUUAAGGCUGAGAUUGUAUCCCUAGAUGAAAUGGAAAUAGGGCUCAGGGCAAUUUUAAACUUAGGUCACACGUUUGGCCAUGCAAUAGAAACUAGUGUUGGAUACGGGCGGUGGCUCCAUGGAGAAGCUGUGGCAGUUGGAACGAUGAUAGCAGUUGACAUGUCAUACCGCCUCGGUUGGAUCGACGAUUCUAUUGUAAAGCGUGUCGGCAACAUUCUACGGCAAGCUACGUUACCCAUUGUCCCAUCGGAAACCAUGACCGUAGAUAUGUUCAAGUCUGCAAUGGCGUUUGAUAAGAAGGUAGCAGAUGGAUUGCAAAGGCUUAUCCUAUUGAAAGGUCCUCUUGGUAAUUGUAUAUUCACCGGUGAUUAUGAUAGAAAGGCCCUCGACGAUACACUUGCUGUAUUUACCAAAUCUUCGAUAAAUAUUUAAAAUGCUCUCAUCUCAUUUUUCAAUUGUAACUUGAGAAUUACCAAUGAGUUAUAGUUUAGCUGGUAUAA